AUGCCUAAAGAAGAACGUUUACAACGUUGUAAAGAAUUUAAAGAAUUUAAAAAACGUAUUCUUGUUGCAACAGAUUUAAUUGGCUUUCAUAUGGAUUUUGCAGCAGUUAAUAUUGUAUUUAAUUAUGACAUGUCAGAAGAUGCUGAUACUUAUCUUCAUCAAGUUAUUGGUGCUGGUCGAUUUGGUACAAAAGGUUUAGCAAUAACAUUUGUUGCAGAUGAAAGUGAGACAAAAAUUUUGAAUGAAGUUGAAAGUCGUUUGGAAGUACAAAUUAGUGAAAUACCCGAUGAAAUUGAUGUAGCAACACACAUCGAAAAUCGUUAA